UUCCGUUUCCAGUAAUUUCCAAAUGCGCUCGGCGAGUAAAUGCAGGAGGACCGUUAGUGACAGCGAGUUCCAGCCAGAGGUUUCUAGAAGCAGCGUGUACCGGGAUAGUCGCCGGCAGAUAGUUCUGCUCACUGCAGAAAACGUUACACAUUAAAGUUUUAUCAUCAUUUAGUUGGCUAAAUGGCUAAGUGGGGAGAAGGAGACCCUCGCUGGAUCGUAGAGGAGAGAGCCGAUGCCACUAAUGUCAAUAACUGGCACUGGACUGAACGAGAUGCAACAAACUGGUCAUCAGACAAAUUGAAAUCCCUGCUCCUUGGGGUGAGCGUGGAGGGGGAAGAGGGGAUGUGUGAGGUGACAGAAGUCAGCAAAGUAGAAGGAGAAGCUUCAAUUAACAACCGCAAAGGGAAACUUAUUUUCUUUUAUGAGUGGAACCUGAAAGCUACCUGGACUGGAAAGUCCAAAUCAGGAGUCAAAUAUAAAGGAACAAUUGAAGUUCCAAACCUGUCUGAUGAAAACGACAUGGAGGAUCUUGAUAUUACUGUAUCACUGAACAAAGAUGAACCUGACACACCACUGGCAAACCUGAUGAAGACAAAAGGAGCUGAGAAAGUCCGUGAGGCUCUAGGAAGCUAUGUGGGGUAUUUAAAAACGGAGUUCACACAGGGAAUGAUCUUGCCCACAGCCAAUGGCGUGGCCAAGCCUCAGUCCACAUCACAGUCCAAACCCAAGCAGGAAAAAACUCAGAUUUCCUCAGGCAGCACAGUGGCUCCAGUCAGCACCGGAGUCAAGAUCCCCACCUGUAAAUUCAGCAUGAAAGAAACGUUCCUCACUUCCCCGGCUGAUCUCUACAGGGUCUUCCUCCACCAGGAGAUGGUCCAGGCAUUCACACAUGCUCCUGCCACUGUGGAAGGAGAGAGGGGCGGAAAGUUUCGUCUGUUAGAUGGAAAUGUUUUUGGUGAAUUCACAGAGCUGGUAGCUGAUGAGAAAAUAGUGAUGAGGUGGAGGUAUAACAACUGGCCCUGUGAGCAUUAUGCAACAAUCACAAUGACCUUCUUGGACCGGAGCAACGAGACGGAGCUGAAAGUGGAGUGUCGAGGCGUUCCGACCGAUGACGAGGAGCGGACGAAAGAGGGCUGGAAGACAUACUACUUCGAGGCUAUUAAACAGACUUUUGGCUACGGAGCACGGCUCUUCUGAAGACGGUGUACUGUGGUGUUGUUGCCCUCUUCUGUUUUUGGAUAUUUAAACCUCUUGUCCUUUGGUCUUUGGCACAGGAUGUCCCAUCAUAAACUCAUAGCACGACUUAACGAACCUUACAGUGAAGUAGACAAGGCCAGUCCGUUACCUGUCUGUGUGUUAAUGUGUCUGAGCGUAUUUAAAUCUGUGUUCCCCUUCAGUAUUUGGGCCACUUGUUCCAACAAGCGUGAAUGGGCUGCGCCUCUGGGACAGGAUGGAAAAUGGAUUGAAUUAAGCAAAGAAGAAUCUAUUCAACCACUAAUGCAAAUUGGCCUCCACUUCUAUAAAGAUGUCAUUAUUGCAAGAGCUAAAUGUUUGAUUUUGGUUUUAUUUGAAAAACAAAUGUUGCUUUGGAAAUAAACGUUUAUUUUGUACUUAUUUUACUCUUUUCAUGUUAGCUGUAGUGAAGAUGCUUUCAGCCAGGAUGCAUGUUUCAUUUCAAACUGUCAAAUGGAGGAAUGACUACUAGCUAGCUAAACAGUACUGUACUUUCAUUCAUACUUGAUUUUGUAUACAUCGCAGACUUGUUUGCGAUCAAACCAGCUCGCACCUUCAGCAGAAGCAUCAACACCGUCUCAGUUCCUUGUGCAGGUAUCUAGCAUAACAAAUCAGGAUACAUUUUUGCUAUGUCUGGCUUUAAAAUGUACAUUUUCAAUUAAAAACAGAAAAACAAAAAAUGUCAGAGAAAGUGGUAUAUUUAUUCAUAAUUUCAUCACUUCACAAUGGGGGAAAAAAAGUUUCUUGGAAUAAACUGAUCCAAACAAUG